AUGGCUGCUCCCCAGCAAGCACUACAACACACCAUGUCCCGGAAGGACUUCCAGAGAGAUGUGGUCCAAGCUUGUGUUCCCGGGCUCUUCCCCCGACUGGCCGAUGUGAGGGGCGGCAGUGAAGAUGGACUUAUCGCGUUUACCUACAGAGUUCCUUCCAACUCAAAUUCAAUCAAGAUUCAAGUCUCAGUCCCAGAUACAUCAGAAUACCCAGAAAGCCACCAAUACUUUGCCUAUAUCGAGAAUGAUAAGGUUCCUGAAGCAGUCCCUAUGAUUCUAGAGGCCUCACAAUCCUCGUGGAAUGGCCUUUCUGUUCGAGACUUUUUGAAGGCUAUCUCAGAGUGCUUAGAUGAGGCUACUCUAGGGGGUGAUUGCCAGUGGGAUCGAUUGCAAGAUGAUAGUGACCAGGAUUUUGAAGAUGCCUAUGACGAAAUGGAUUGGGAGAUGGAGGACGAAAAGGACUUUAGCCCAAGAUUCGAUGAUCGAGAAUUGCGGGAGAACAUACGAUCGGACCUUCGUAAGGCUCGAAAUGCUGGUUUGCGUGUUGGAUAUCUGGGUGAACUAAACGGGGCGGUUAUCUUGUGUGCCUCGUCGCGUAUUGCGAAACUAGGCAUAUCAGUGGAAGCUAUGCAAGCGUGGAAUGUUCGCCCUACAGACUUUUUUGUACUGUUGCUUCGCUACCCGCAAAACUAUCGACCAUUGGCCGACAUUGUUUCCAGCCGAGGGGCAGAAGGAGGCUUUAUCCAAAUGUAUGUUGGUGUCUGCGAGUCGUACAAGCCGAGUCUCAACUGCGCGCGUCAUAUUUUUGCCUCCAAAGAAGCACAAAAGCCCGCAGAUGUGAAUGAAGUCACCAAUUUAGAGCCGGCUCUGAACCCUAUAUUCAUUGGGAAAUCGCUCAACUCCCUCCUUAACGAGCGUUUCCUCCACAUAGUCAAAUGCCGCCUUGACUACGGGUUUUCCUGGACCGGUGCGGAAUUAUAUGUGAGCGAUGGUCAAGGAAAAAUCACAGAUAUUCGAGAAAGAGAGAACCCCAAAUACUUUCAGGUUGAAGACUGGAGUGCGUCGUCACCGGCAUUUCUAGUAGCCGAUCAUCUUGCCAACGUCCAGAACCGUUCCGAUAUGUCUUUGCUCCUGGUAGCUAUGCAGUUCACCCUGCGCCGCUUUGUGAAGUGUACAGAGUUCUGCCUCAAUUGCUACUGCAAGAUCAACGCAGGGUUUGAAGCUAUUAAGCCGUUUAUCUGCUCAAAUGGCCUUUGCUUGUAUCAAUACUUAGCCCUCGGGAUGGGUCCUAGCUUGGAGUGGGAGAUCUCGUCCCAGCCGUACGUGGUUGACCUACUCAUUAGCUUUGCAUACACCAGCAUCGUUUCCGGAAAACUAAAUAACCUUCCCAAUGGCCUCCAGCUGAAGAUUCCUCCUCCUACAAGCAACUCCAUCACGUGGAAAGCCUAUGAAGGACAGAUGUUCACUACGGAACCGAGCGGCCUAUGUCUUCGUGUAGGCAAUUCAAUCAACCUCAAGCACGGCGAUUGGAUUGUUGUCAUGCUUCCUGUAGCCCAGGGUACACAGGGGGAGCCUCCUGAGCUACAUGCUUACGUGAAAGAUGUCUCUAAAUGGCCGGACAUCUGCCUAUCAUAUCCAAUUUUUCGGAAUAUCACGACGGAUCAAAAAGAGUGGGAAGGGAGUCUCCAUGGAGAAUUAGUACGAUUUGUGGUCUACGAUACCAACUUUGAUUCUCUCGGGAAUGAUCAAAAGUUAAAGGCUCUUCUAUCACUGCUAGAUACCCUCCCUAGUGUGACAGAGAUGAAAACUUUCGUCGACGAGUGGUACGGGGCGAAGCCGGCCUCGCUUGCUCAAUGGCAGCAUCGAAUAUCUCCAUCCGCACUGCUUCUGCUACAAUGGAUUGUUGGCUCAAACCGGUCCGUCAUAAUUUAUGACGAUGACCCGGAACAUCAGGUUUCCGGCAUGGAGUCGUAUUUGCAAUUCAGAUUUGCACAGGGAGCGCCAGAUAAGGAAGAGCGAUUUGUGGCGUCUGUCACUCGCACUGCUUUGCGUCUUCAACUUCAAUACCCGACCCUUUUCGCCUGGCAUGGAAGUCCAAUGUGCAACUGGCAUGGGAUCCUAAGAGAAGGGCUUCAUUACAAGCAGAUCGUUAAUGGCCGGCAGUUUGGUGACGGCGUAUACAUGUCACAGGACUUCUCUGUCUCCACUGGUUACUGCAAUCGAAAUUUUUCACCAGUGUAUCAGAAUUGGCAGUGGCCUCAGAGUAUUUUGAAAUGCUCAACCGCUAUAUCAUUGAAUGAGGUAGUCAAUGCGCCUGCGGAGUAUGUCUCCUCUAGACCUCAUUAUGUCGUGGGGGAUGUGGAUUGGAUUCAACCAAGAUAUCUUUUUGUCAAGUGCCAAACAAUCCCCCAGAGCUUGGAUAAAUCAAAACCUCGACAGCCCUCAAAUAUCUAUGAUCAAGAUCCCUCAUGUUUAGUCAGAGGGCCACAGCAACAGCAGAUCAAGAUCCCCUUAUCAGCUGUGAAUAGUCACCGGAUACAUACAUCACCAAGAGAAGUGAAGAAGAAAACCAAAAAAAAGGCGGCUCGUACCAAUGAUGACGAUGCCGACAGCAUUGCAACGCUGAUGGAAGACCAACUUCUUCUCCUCUCAGACUCUGAAGAGGGGUUUGGCCACGAGCAACCCAAAUCCACUGGUCUCGUUCAAAGCACCGUACUAAAGACAGACUUCAAACCAGGUAGCCUUGAUCCAUCAUCCGUGCAGUUACUCGGAGACCCCACAUACGCAACGCCAACGGCUACCAAGGUUCUGCAGAAGCAACUCCGAGUGGCGCUAAGAACACAGAAGAAAGAGCCCAUGCAUGAAUUGGGUUGGUACAUCAACGAGAAUCUGAUCAGCAACGUCUACCAGUGGAUCGUCGAGCUACACAGCUUCGAUCCUAAUCAUCCGCUAGCGCGGGAUUUCAAUUCGGCUGGCUUGACAAGCAUUGUGUUAGAGAUUCGUUAUCCUUCGCAAUUCCCUAUAUCUCCGCCUUUUGUCCGUAUUAUUCGUCCCCGAUUUCUCAGAUUCAGCAGUGGUGGUGGUGGACACAUAACAGCCGGGGGCGCCAUGUGCAUGGAGCUACUGACGAACUCGGGCUGGUUACCAACUUCAUCCAUCGAAAGCGUCCUCUUGCAGGUCCGCAUGGCGAUUCUGAACCCAGUGCCACAGCCAGCGCGACUGGACCCUAAAAACUGGGGGAAAGACUACACCGUAAGCGAGGCGAUCGCAGAGUACAAGAGGGUAUGCAUAUGCCACGGCUGGAAUGUCCCGGACGACAUCAACCAACUCGCAUGGACCUAA